CUGCUUCACUCCUCAAAGCCAUCUUCCUCCACGCCCUCGAUCCAUCACCGCCAAAAUGUCUCGACACCUCAAUCUCGCCGCGCACUACACCCGCCUCAUCGCGCGAUGGCCCAUCGAUGCUCUGCGCCCCGAGAACCGCCAGUUCCAACGUCUCUUAGAGAACCGAUUGCGCGCGACCAAUGAAACAGCCACCGUCGACGGCAACGACCUGUCCAAACAAGCCAACGCGGCCUACCUGCUGCUCGAUGAUGUCUUGUCAAAACGCUACCCACUUUCCGACAAGCUGAUGAAGCCUGCGAGUCGCCCCACGCUGUAUGAAGAGCUCGACCAAGAGUUGCAAGAGGGGCCGCGGAGGGGCAUGAUGUCGUAUAUCUGGAAGCGCAUUACGGGGAUGGUGCGGCGGCAGUAAACAUGAAGAGCGGGAUGUCAUUGGUGGCCUCAAUGGCCUCAAGAUACU